AAUUCCCACUGUGAGGAGGUCGUCAUGGAAAUCAUUGACUUGGAGGCUGAAGUGUUUGGAGAGAACAGUGAUCCUGGUUGUGCAAGUAAUGCACAGAGCCCAUCAACAGUCUCGGUACGAUCACAAAAAUCAUUUGAAAGUUUCUUUGGAUCCAGAUUUAACCUGGGAAGAUACAGAAGCCCUAGUCAGACAGGGAAGUACAUACCAAUAAAACCCAACUGUUUGUCUACCAAGCUGGACACCUCUCCUGAAGAAGUGAUUAAUGAUUAUCUGCCACUGGUGCAAUUACAAUUGGCAUCUGGAGCAUUUCUCCUCAAUGAAGCCUUUUCUGAAGCUGUUCAGAUUCCCCUGGAUCGACUGAGAAGAGCUUCACCAUUCCCAUGUCAUCGAGCAAGUCUCAGCCCAACUUCACGAUGUGUGUCGUCACAUACAUCGAGCAGCAAAACUGAAACUUCCCUCAGAAUGGAGGUCUCCAUCCACUGUCAAAAUGAGACAGAAUGUAGUGCUAGUAAGAACAUGCAUUCACUGUCUGAAAAUGAAGGAAAUAGAGAAAUUUUAAAGAAAAUUACAUGGUCACACCAUGAAGGUGUUUUAGAUUGUAAUAAUUCUCCAGCAAGCCUCCACAAUUCAUUCAGUGCCAGUACUGAUGGUCUGAGCACCAGCCUUCAGCAAGUUGAUAGUGGCAGGGGCUCUGAAACAGAUCUAUAUGAAAACUCACCUGUCACCUCAGAAACCAGUGGUGCCUUUUACGAGUCAGCAAGUGAUCUGAAUACACAGUGCUACGAUUUGGAAGGGAUGAGCUGGGCAACUGCUGUGGCACUGGGAUGGCUUGAACAUCAGUGUGCUGGGUACUUUCUGGAAUGGGAGCUCAUUGCUGCCAAGGCAGACACAUGGCUGCACUCACAGCAGCUUCCUGAACAUCAAACUGUCAAUGGACUGAAGGGAGCAACUCGACAACUUUUCCUCCUGCUCCGUCACUGGGAUGAGAAUAUUAAGCUCAAUAUGUUGUGUUAUAAUCCCAAUAAUAUGUAAAUGUCGAUGUUCAGUGAUAAUGUGUACUUUAUAAAAAUUUUAAAUUGCAGUACAGAAAAUUAAAUUAUAAUGCCUGAUUUGAAAAAAAGCAAAUACAUAAAAAGAAACGCUGUAACUUUGGAUGAAUUAUAGCUUUUUCUGCUAUUUAAGUGAUCAUUGUGACUGUAGCAUUCUAUUAAUUAUAAAAUGUGUGGUGCAGAUUUCAAAAUAUAUACUUUCUACCACGUAUGAAAAAGAUUCUGAUACUGAUUGUUGAAUUAUAAAUAUCAUA